GCAACUUCCGGUACGCGCACGGUCCAUCCCCUUAAUUCGUCCGCUGUUCUGGUUCAGAAGGCCAAAUAGCGACGUUUCGUUGCAAAAACGUCAUGGCUGCAACACUGCGUUUACUGCAUUGUGUGUCAAGACCAGGCUCUUUGGUGACCAGCCAGAAUCUGGUGAGGUCCUUCAGCGUCUCCAUACAAAGGGGAGGAUUCAAGUAUGUGAACGCUCAGGAGCUCGCCACAGACAUGAAGUCCAUCACAGACCGAGCUGCUCAGACGCUGCUGUGGACGGAGCUCUUCAGAGGUAUGAGCAUGACGCUGAGCUACCUAUUCAGAGAGCCCGCCACCAUCAACUACCCGUUUGAGAAAGGCCCACUGUCGCCUCGCUUCAGAGGAGAGCACGCACUGCGCAGGUAUCCAUCAGGAGAGGAGCGCUGUAUCGCCUGCAAGCUGUGUGAAGCCAUCUGCCCUGCACAGGCCAUCACCAUCGAGGCUGAGACUCGCGCAGACGGCAGCAGGAGGACGACUCGCUACGACAUCGACAUGACCAAAUGCAUCUACUGUGGCUUCUGUCAGGAGGCGUGUCCUGUGGACGCAAUCGUGGAGGGCCCCAACUUUGAGUUUUCCACCGAGACUCAUGAAGAGCUGCUGUACAACAAGGAGAAGCUGCUCAACAACGGAGACAAGUGGGAGGCAGAGAUCGCGGCCAACAUACAAGCCGAUUACCUGUAUCGAUAGUCACACGCACACACACUGUACGUCCAUACUGUACAUAAUGUAAGGAGACAUCAGUGUCGUCUCAUCCUGACAUGAUGGACAUGUUUCUGUUUAGAUUUUGUUUCCUGUGGCAUCAUAUAUUUAUUGUUAAAUGACGAAUUAGGGCUGCAACUGACGUUAUUUUCAUCAUCCAUCGAUCUGCUCGUUCGUCUCUUGAUCAGUAGUUUAGACGCGUAGAACGCAGGAGAAACUGAUGGAAUAUAUAUUAAAUCUGUUUCCCAAACCUCAAAAUGAAUGCAUCCCUAAAAUGGCUUUCGUUUUGUCCACGAACCAAACAUUGGUUUACCGUUUACCGUCACAGAAGAGCAAAGGAACCAGAAAAUGUCCACAGUUAAAGGUCCAGUAUGUUAAAUUUAGGCAUGAGCUGCAGAUAAAAUACUUCAUAUUUUUAGUGUACAAUAAGAGAGACGAUAUAUCACGAUAGUAUUUCUAUGGUGCGUGUUGCGAUAUACUCGUGCAACAGUGAGAGUGAGCACUUAGCACCAUCUAGUGGACUGACGCACAAAUUGAUUUUUUUAUUGUUGGAAGUUUUACAAAAGCCCACAAUGGACAAACUAAAUGUGUUUUGAUGCAAACUGAAGGCUCCACAGUUUCUCCUCCACACCUGCAACAGGAAACUAAUAAAUCUAACAUUUAUUAUGAA